AUGGCUUUUAGGAGACAUGGCCGGAAUUGUAGGUUUUCAAUGGACCAAGAUGAUAUUGCAAGAUCCUUGAUCACCACGAUUGGGAGUUUCAUCCAAGAUCGGUUGCUCGAUCAGAGACAGAGGGCCCUGCAGAAGGAACAAUGUGGUGAGAGAUUAGCAGCCGAAGAUGAGAGCAGUAAGAAAGACACAGAGGUUAGGUACUCCGAUCAAGCAGUUUUGGCAAAUUUGGAUUGGGGUAUGGAUGCCCUAGAGGAAGCCAUCAAUACAUCUAACCUUGAAACUAAGAUAGCAAGACUCGAUCAUGCAGAGAAGAUGUUGCAAGUAUGUGCUAUGUUGAAUUCUACUGAAAAAACCGCUGGGGUUCCUAAUUUCUAUCUUUCGGCUUGGGCUCAUCUUAAUCUCUCCUACCUAUGGAAGUUGAGGAACAACGCCACAAAUGCUGUUCUUCAUGUUCUUGAGAUGUUUUCAGUUGACCCCUUCUUCUCAAGGAUUGAUUUUGCUCCUGAGAUUUGGAAAACAUUGUUUCUCCCUCACAUGAGUUCCAUUGUUGGUUGGUACUCAGAGGAAAGGCAUAGGAUUAUGAUGGACAUGAUUCCAGAUUCAGCUGAUUUGUCUUUCACCGCGGAUUUCGAUCAGUAUUUUAAUGAAUCUUUGGUCUUUUCCAUGAGGCCAGAUCAAGCAGAGAAAUUGCAAAACUUGGAAAAACAUUAUGGGGAAUCGUUAGAUGAAAAUACCAGGAAUUAUGCGAAUUACUUCAAAGAUUGCAUGAAUUAUGAUCAGGCCACUAGCAAGAAAGCGAUUCCUAUGUUGCCAAUUGCAGAGCCUCCUAUGACUCCUCUACAUGAGGUGAGCCAGAAAAUUCCUGAUUAUGUGAGAUUCGGUCCCAUCUUACCUAAAAGUGCAGGGUUCUCACCAGUUCUAAAAGCUAACAAGAAUGCAAGAGAAGCAUCCAGUUUGAGUGCAACUCGCAUUGCCUCUGAGAACCUAGAGGAUUCUGCAGCAUGGGAUAUUCAAGAGGGAAUCCCAGAGGAAACUGAUGACUCUCCAAAAGUUUCAUCUUCAAAACAAGAUGGAAAUGAUAAGGUGACAUCUACCUUAACCCUACGGUCCACUCGAGCGAUGGAUUUUAAAGUUAAUACUUCUUUGCCCACUUCACCACCAGUGUUCCAUGACCUCAGUACUAGCUCAGCGGACUCUGAUUAUGAAUCUAGAGAGCAACAAGAAAGUGUAAAGAAGAAAGUUAAUCAUGAACGAAGUUCCAGUAAUGCAGAUGCGAAGAGCCAAGCAUCAGAAAAGAGGUACCUUGAAGAAUAUGAUAGUAGAAGCCCAAACUUUGGAUCUCCCCAAUCUUCUGAGAGGUCUACACUAUCAAGGCCACCAAAAGAUUUUGUCUGCCCCAUUACUAGCCAUGUUUUUAGUGAUCCAGUGACCCUAGAAACUGGUCAGACGUAUGAAAGAAAAGCCAUUGAAGAAUGGAUGAAACGAGGAAACACAACAUGUCCCAUCACAAGACAGUCUCUUUCUGCCAAUGAGCUUCCAAAAACUAAUUACGUUUUGAAGAGACUUAUCACCUCCUGGAAAGAACAGCAUGUAGAUCUUUCUCAGGAGUUAUCAUAUCCUGUAACGCCAAGAAGUUAUCAUGGAAGCCCCUCCUCAAGACAAAUCCAAUCAAGAACAUCAAAUCUGAGUGAUCAUAAAGAUAGUAAUGAUGAUUCCAGCAACUACAGACCAAAUAGAUUCAUGCAAGCUACAGUUGCAACAUCACCAACCAGUGUGAUAUCUCAAGCUGCUAUUGAAGCAAUUAUCAGUGGCAUAAAACCUUUUAUUACAUGCCUCUGCACCUCAGAAGAUUUGAAAGAAUGCGAAGCAGCAGUUUUGACAAUUUCUAGGAUGUGGAAAGAGUCGAAUGCUGAUCCAGGGGUCCAUGCUUGUUUAUCAACCUCAAAAACAGUAAAUGGAUUAAUUGACGUAUUAUCUGCUUCUUUGAGCAGAGAAGUUCUCAGAACAACGGUUUACGUUCUGUCUGAGUUACUAGUAGCUGAAGAAAGACUCAUAGAUAUCCUAACAAAUGUUGAUCUCGAAUGCCUGGCUGCUUUACUGAAAAAUGGUCUUGAUGAGGCUGCUGUCCUCAUAUAUCUAUUGAAACCCACAUUCUCUCAGCUGUCUGACUUUAAUCUAGUUCCAUAUCUUAUUCAAAAUAUUUGUAGCAAAUAUGAAGAUUCAAAGGAUUUUGAGCUGGUGAUGAAUCCCAAGGAUGCUGCGAUAGAGUUAGUAGCACAGGUUUUAACUGAAGGAGAUGAGAGUAGCAGGUCUUCUAAUGCUAUGAAUGUUAUGUCGGCGAAUGCAGUUCCUUCCUUAGUCAUGUGUUUGGACAAAGUGGAUACGCGACAAUCUGUUAUCUAUAUAUUACUGUGCUGCAUCCAUGCAGACAGAAGUUGCAGGAACAUAAUAGCUUCUAGAAUCGACUUGUGCCCUGUUCUUGAACUAUUUCAUGCUGGAGAUGAGUAUGUGAGAGGCAUGUGCAUUGAAUUUCUAUGGGAGUUAGUUCAGUUGAACAGGAGAACAUUCUGCAAUCAGAUUUUGCAAAUCAUAAAGGAUGAAGGAGCAUUUAGCACAAUGCACACCCUUCUUGUCUAUCUUCAAAGUGCUCCAAUGGAGCAGCAUCCUGUCACUGCAUCCCUUCUUCUUCAGCUUGAUCUCCUGGUUGAGCCCCGAAAAAUGAGCAUUUAUCGAGAGGAAGCAAUCGAGACACUUAUUGAAUCACUCCAAAAAAAGGAUUUCCCAAAUUUACAACUUACGGUUCUUGAUGCCUUGACAUCUCUUUCAGGGCACCUUAGUGCCUCAGGGACGUCUCUUACUGAAGCCUGGUUACUUAAGCUGGCAGGAUUCGAUCAACCUUAUGAAGAUUUUGUGAACAAAGAAAAUCUGGAAGAUAAGGAGGAGGAGAUAGCUGCAAGUUCUUGGGAGAAAAGGAUAGCUUUUGUACUUUGCAACCAUGAGAAGGGUCGUAUAUUUAAUGCUUUAGAAGAAUGUCUCAAGAGCAACUCCAUUGAUAUGACAAAGAAGUGCCUUGCCACAGCCACAUGGCUCAUAUACAUGCUUUAUAAUUUGCCUGAUACAGGCAUUAGAGGAGUUGCACGUAAGGCUUUGCUUGACCAAUUUAUAUACAUUCUACAAUCGUCUAAGAAUCUUGAGGAGAAGAUUUUGGCAACCAUUGCUUUGAGAAGCUUCAUUAGUGAUCCAGAUGCUCUACAUGAACUUGGUGGUUAUGCUAAAUGCAUGUACAAAACCUUGAAAAAGCUUAAGAGGAGCUCUGUGGUAGUCAGUGACAUAAUGAAAACUUUGAUGAAUUUACCAUCUGUGAAUGCAGAAGAUUUGUGGUGUUCUUCAGAAGGGUUUGAGUUGGAUACAUCAAUGAAUGGGGAGGUUCUAUCCUUGCUUAACAUAAAAGGUCGGGUGAUAAGCAGCCAUUCUGAUGGAACCAUUAAGGUAUGGGAUACAGGUAAAAAGUCAUUACGGUUGAUUCAGGAGGUUCGUGAACAUGCAAAGGCGGUCACAUGCCUCUAUAUUCCACCUACAAGUGAUAAGCUUUAUAGUGGUUCCUUGGACAAAACGAUACGGAUAUGGGUAAACAAACCAGAAGGAAUUCACUGUGUUCAGGUUCAUGAUGUUAAAGAGGUAGUCCAUGGGUUGACAGCCGAUGCCAAUUUUGCAUAUUUCUUCUCUCAAGGUGCUGGAGUUAAGGUUUAUGGAUGGUCAGGAGUUAUCAAGAACAUUGGCAUCAAACAAACGGUCAAGAGCCUUGCCAUGAUCGGCAAUAAACUGUAUUGUGGAUGCAAUGGUUUCAGCAUACUGGAAGUGGAUUUGAGGGAAAACACAACAACCACAUUUUACUCUGGGGCAAGAAAAUUCUUGGGUAAACAAUCGAUAAAUUCGCUACAUAUUCAAGACAAUCUUCUUUUCAUGGGUGGUACAUCAAUAGAUGGAGCAGCAGGAAAGGUAUUCUCGCUAUCGAGCAGAGCUGUAGUAGGAUCAUUACAGACGGGAUUCGACAUACAGUUGUUGGCUGUAAACAAUGACUUCAUAUUUGGAGCCACAAAAAGUGGGAUCAUUGAGGUGUGGUUGAAGGAAAGGUUAACUAGAGUUGCUUCCAUCAAGAAUGCUAAAAUCACAUCCUUGGCAUCAGAUGCUGAUGGAGAAAUGCUCUUUGCUGCCUCUUCUGAUGGUAGAAUCCAGGGUUGGGAUUUAGAUUGAAGACGUGAGAAGAACGAACGUAUAGAUAUGAUUCCAUCACACUUGUAGUAGUAAACACUACUCCUACGGGGUUGUUCGAUUGUGACUUAAUGAGCUGUAUAAGCUAUAUGGUUGCUCGGUUGUCGCUUAGCAUUGCAUAGAGGAGGAAGAAAACAACAUUCAUUCUUUUAUUUCCCUUUUUUUCCUUAUCUUUAAUACUUACCUCCUUAUUUUAUGCUUAUUAAGUCAUGAUUCAUAACAACCGGUAAGAUCAAAUACGGUUGAUAGUAUAAACCUUCGAUUCAGAC